AUGACCACGACCAGCUUCCUCGGCGGCGUGUCACGCACCAUCAACGUCUCAUACAUCCGCGCCGUGCCGUUAAACACAAAAGUCCACAUCAGCGCCAGCGUCGCACAACACGGGCGCACGAUGGCGCUGAUCCGCGGCGAGAUGACGAGUCCGGACGGCAAGCGCAUCUACGCGACGUGCGAGCACCAUAAAGUGCAUGUGCCGCCGACGGCGAGCAUCGACGAGUUGAGAGCGGGCCUGCAGGACGAGGUGCGCCGUCGCGGAGGCGAUCGCUCGUUCCUCGAUGCGCCGCUUGCGGAUGUUAAGGGCUCGGGGAGUCGGGUCACGGGGAAGUCGAAUCUGUGA